CACUCUAGUAUGCGCGCAGUCUGUGGACGUACUUCACCGCGAUCGUACGUGAGAUCGAGCUGUGUUCGCUGCGUCGUCGGGUCGUCGUGAUUCUCGCAGAGCGAAAUAUUACAGUGCGUGAGAUACACCCGACGAGAGAUUCUCGGAGAGCGAGACAGAGUCUCGCAGGCGAGUGUGCGUGCAGGAUAUUAUCUCCCGAUCGGGGGAGGAGUGUGUAAGUGCGUGGAGGGAUCGCGAUAUCAGUGUGCGGUCGCGCGUUACAUAUAGAGGUGGUGAAGUUAGCCGCGGACGUGUGGCGACGAUCAUCGACGGUGGCGGUGGCGGCGACGUCGUCGUUUUGACAGUCUGUCGUGGCACGGGCGGGCGCACCUGGGUCGCAUCCCGUUGCCGGCGAGCCGUCGUUUCGUCCCGUAUCCAUCGUGCUUGCAUGCCACGCUCGGACGCGAGAAUUGGAGCUCCCUGCUGGCGUUUCGCGGGGCUUGUCGAGGUAGGCCACUUCGCCGAUACCGUGCACGUUCCUAGAUUGGCGAUGAAAAUUGAAACGUCCCAGGACCUGACGUAGAUAGCAGGUGGGUGCGUGAAAAUCGCCGGAGCGGCCGCCAUGAGAAAAUUCGCGCCGUAGUUAAGCGAUGUUAGUGACUGCCUCCCCGAUGGACAAUCCUUCGAACACAUUGUCGGUGCUCGAGGAGGAGGCGGCGAACAUCGACGACGCGUUCCCGCCACACGUCGAUACCAGCAACAUUGUCAUACAACCGGAGUCGCCUACCAACAAGAAGCAAGUCUUGAAGACCUUUGCCGACGUAAACGCGCUGCUACAAGCCAACAGAAAGCGGGAAGCAAAGCUGAUCAUACGGGAAAACGGCUGGCCGCUCAACAACGGUAUCAGGGCGCAACUCUGGCCGGCGCUCUGCAAUCAACAUUCACAUGGCAAGAACAUGCUUGACGGAUUCUACUGGGACAUGGUGAAUCAAGUCUUUGGAACAACAGAAUUACCAGAAAAGUCAAUCAUGCUACCACCGUUCGUCGAUAGUACACAUUGUUUAUCUUACAAUUUAACGAUAAAGGGCAGAAACGUUGCGGACAGAAUCGUAUCAGUCUUAGGAUACGCUUGUCCUGACAUCACGUACAGCCCAUCCCUUUAUCCAUUAACUGCACUUCUCUUGCAUUUCGUGCCAGAGGAGGAAUGUUAUCACUGUAUGGCCACUUUGGUAGCAGCCAAAGAGAAAAUGUUCAUCACGCAAACUAAACUCCUUUACGAAGUCACGUGGAAAACGGUAGAACAGAUUACUAAAAAACACGUUAAAUCAGCUGCUGUACAUUUAACGAGGCAUUGUUCCGGCUCAAGAGCGGAAAGAAUCUACAUGGAUUGGAUCUGGUGGAUUCUUCAACUUCUUCCAUUUCAACAUCUAGUCAGGGUUAUGGACUGUUUUCUUCAUGAAGGCAUUAAGGUCUUCUAUCGGGUUGCUAUGGCUAUAGUUUUAUUAUUCUAUAAGCACUCUUCACCGCAGAGUUCAGAAUGGAUGAAUGAGAUUUCGAGGAAUGGUAUAGACGCUGCUCUAUCUAAGUUUUGUAGACAAAUACCAGUGACGCCUGCCAAGUUUUUGCGCACCGCCUUUGGGAUUCGCGGACUCAGCUCAGCAUACAUAUCACGGGUCUUUCUACGCACGGAAAUGGCUCUCAAAAGUAAGAGUGUCCUGACGGGAUCCCGAUCUUUGGCCAGAUCGCGCUCGACAGACAAUCUGCCUACCAGUCAAUCCCAAGUCAACAUUCAGAUGAUGUCACACACACUCACAAUACGAGAAAAAGAAUGUGAAGACACGUACAAAGACAGGGGUGCGCACAGUCCUGGACCACGCGCCCUGUCAAUGGGUGUUUACCCCAUACAAAGUAUAUGCUCCCAGAUCCUAGAUUUGCCUGAUUUAUUUACCUUAUGGUCGUGGCUACCGCUGAGAAUCACGAUGUACCAGCCUAUUUUGUUGUACACGACCGAGGAACAUGGAUGCUCCUUAACGACGUUCUAUGUGCGAGUUGAGCAACACGAGCCCACCCUCCUUAUGAUAAAAACCUGUAACAACGAGGUAUUUGGAGCUUACUGUUCCACAAGAUGGUGCGAGCGUAAUUUGAAGGAUGAUAAAGGACAAAGACAAGCGUACUUUGGUACUGGCGAAACAUUCCUGUUCAGUUUGUAUCCUGAGCGAGCCAAGUAUCCUUGGGUAGGCAUGGAUUCAUCACACAACGACUCCAGAGUACAUCACUCGGCCGAACUAUUUAUGGCCGCAGAUUCGAAAAUGAUAACUAUCGGUGGCGGAGAUGGUCAGGCGAUCUGGAUGGAUGAAAACAUAAGAUUCGGCAAGACAGAUCGAUGUUCAACCUUCAACAAUCCACCUCUCUGUGCCAGUGGUGACUUCGAGAUCAGAGUGUUGGAAGUGUAUGGUUUUGCGGGUGCCUAAAGAGGGGGAACAAACAGCGGUGUAUUAGUUUGUUUAUUCCCUACUGCCAUUUAACGACUCUCUUUCUACAUAUGCAUACUAAACGUACUGUGUUAUGUGUCAUAAAUGUGUCUCUGCGUAUCGCCCUCUCUAGGAAACCAGCAUGCAAACUACGCACAAUGUAGAAUUUAUUCCAAUGCAGAAGGACAAAAGUAUAUAUUUGGUUGUAUAUAGACAUAUACACACAAUCUGCAUUUUCUUUCUUUUUUUUUUCAUUUUCAUUUUCAGAUUAUUAGAUAGUACAAGUACAUUAAUUUGAUAUUAAAAUUUGAAAAGAAUAUUAGUACAUGUGUAUAUAUUUAUACAGAAAAUUUAAGUACAGAAAGAAAGAUGAAAGUAUAAACAAUUUUAUAUAUA